AUGGUAAUCCAUAAUGAACUGUAUUUGCUGUCUUCGGAAACUCAAAGCUUACGAAUGUCAAAUGGGAAAAAAAAGUCCAAUUAUAAAUUUACCACAUAUCCCAUACGAUCAAAAACAAGUCAACGAAAAAUUGACAAUAACAUCCAGGAAAAGCUAUUUCAAGCCAAAAUUCACACUUAUAAAGCUAAACAAAAAGUAUUACUAGACAAUAUCAAAGAAGUGAUCAAAGUGCACAAAAAAUGUAUAAAAAUGUCUAAACAAAGUACUCAGCCAAAAAAUAGAUACUUUGAAGAUAUUGAGCUAGUGGUGGCUCGGAUCGUGGAUGAGGCGUUCGGGGUGCGAGUGCAGACACACGACAAAAACGAUGAGGAAACGAUCGUAGGGCGGGGGGCGAAAGAGUCGGAAGUUCCGAUGCUCGGAGUGAAUGACAUCCGGGUGUGGGACAGGCGGUCGCCAGACGACGAGGUACUGAAUUCAAUUGCCGGGAAGUUGUUGAUCAUGUACGGGCGGCUUCGGGCGGAGACGCAUCGACUGAAAGCGGACAAGGAACGGCUGCGCUGGUUGAUCGCACAGUCGGUGUCCAGCGCGGACAGUCCGGUUGACGAACUGUCCCGGAUGUUGGACGGUGACCUGCAGGCCACGGGUGUACCUACUGUCUUGCAGAAACGCGACUUGGUCGAGAUCAUUACUCGUGUCCGGGACGCUUUGUCGGCGAACCGUGAGCACAGGACGUCUGUGACCGGAAACUCGUGUUGCGGUCGGCGUCUGCACAGCGUGAUGGCGACGCAUGAGUUGCGCGAACUCCGGGCACGGUUGACGGCGGUCAAGGACAGGUUGAGGGCGGCUGAAAAGGACAAACGUGAUCUGUUAGAUAUCGUGGAGAGGAGCCGAUCCGAUCCGACCACGGUUGAAUCACUCCAGGCCGUACUCAGCAAAGAGAGAGAGAAGAAUGUUCACUUGCAAUCGGUCGUCGAUGACAUGUUUAUCGCCGCCAACAGAGGUGCUUGAAACAGCAUCAACCGUAGUCCUCUGCUUAUUCAUAAAAUCAUAUUCUGAACAUCGUAGAACCUCGUGUCUUGCAGCCUGGAUGUAGUAAAAGUUAAACCUAGACAGUGAAUACUCAUGUUUUCGUUUCACGGAUAUCUGUUGGUAUGAUCACCUACCUUCUAAAACAUCCAAACUCCUACC